AUGGCUUCCUCCGGCGGAUCGACGAGGAGUUCUGGAUCUGAGAAGGAUUUGAACAAUUUGAUGGAUGAGAGAAAGAACAAGAGGAAGCAAUCGAAUCGGGAAUCGGCGAAGAGAUCUCGGAUGAGGAAGCAGAAGCAUGUUGAUGAUAUGAUGAAUCAGGUAUCUGAGCUCACAAAAGACAAUAAUGAAAUUGUGAAUAAGAUAAAUAUCACCACAGAGCAGUAUUUGAAUGUUGAGGCUGAAAAUUCAAUUUUGAGGGCCCAAAUAGGUGAGCUUAGUCAAAGGUUUCAAUCAUUGAAUAACAUUAUUGAACUCAUCAACACAAACAACUCUAGUAAUGGGUCCUAUGAUUCAAGGGAUUGUUAUGAAACAAGUGCUCAAAACAGGAUGAAUUUGAUGAUGUAUAAUAAUAACCAGCCCAUUACAACUUCUGCACAUGUUUUUAAGUGGUGA